UAGCAGCAGCUACUGAUUUCCUGUCACCUGGUAUCUCUCAGAGGUAGCCACCCCAGGCCUGGUCUAUUUCAUUCACCCUCAAGUCCUUGAGACACCAGAAGCUGCAAACGGAUCAGCCCUUGGAGCCUAGAAGCCUUGAAAAUUCAAAGCCUUGGAAAUUUAGGGAGUUUUGAGAACAAAAAAUGACGGCACCCAGAAACUCAGUGAUUGGAACAUUCCCGGCAGAGCCCAUGAAAGGCCCCACUGGGCUGCAGCCUGCUCAGAAAGCAAACCUUAGGAGGGUGUCUUCCCUGGUGGGCCCCACACAAAGCUUCUUCAUGAGAGAAUCGAAGGCUCUGGGGGCUGUGCAGAUCAUGAAUGGACUCUUCCAUCUUGCCCUGGGGGGUCUGCUGAUGAUCCCCAUGGGGGUCUAUGCACCCAUCUGUGUGACGGUGUGGUACCCUCUCUGGGGAGGCACUAUGUUCAUUAUUUCUGGUUCACUCCUGGUGGCUGCUGAGAAAAGCUUCAGGAAGAGUCUGGUCAGAAUGAAAGUGAUCAUGAACUCACUGAGCCUCUUCUCUGCCAUUUCUGGAAUAAUUCUUUUGAUCAUGGAUAUACUUAAUAUUACAAUGUCUCAUUUUUUAAAAAUGGAGAGUCUGAAUCUUAUUAAAACUCCUGUGCCUUAUGUUAACAUAUACAACUGUGAACCAACUAAUCCCGCUGAGAAAAACUCUGCAUCAACACAAUUCUGUUACAACAUACAAUCUGUUUUCUUAGGCAUCUUGUCAGUGAUGCUCAUCUUUGCCUUCUUCCAGAAACUUGUAACUGCUGGCGUUGUUGAGAAUGAAUGGAAAAGGAUGUGCUCCAGGGCCAAAGCUAGUGUGGUUCUCCUGGCAGCUGAAGAAAAAAAAGAACAGACAGUUGAAAUGAAAGAAGAAAUGUUUGAGCUAACUGAAGUAUCUUCCCAACUAAAGAAUGAGGAAGAUAUUGAAAUUAUUCCAGUUCAAACAGAAGAAGAAGAAGAAACAGAAGUAAACUUUCCAGAACCUCCUCAAGAUCAGGAAUCCUCCCCAAUAGAAAAUGACAGCUCAUCUUAAACUUCUGCUGCUGCUUUCCUUGUUUGAGCAUUAGUGUUUGGAGCUUUUCAUUGUCAACCUACUUACUCAGGCCCUCUAGAGUAGUUGUGUUCCGUAUAUCCUUCUGAUCAGUGCUGGGGUGCUGCAGCCUCCCAUCUUUCACAUUCAAAAAAUGUAGCAAUUGUAGCAGAUUGUACCUUCAUGGAACUCACUUAAGAAAACUUUCUUAAAUUAGAACAAAAGCAGAAUAAGUGCUACAGAAUAUAAUCUCCCACUAACUUUUCCUCCAAUAGACAUUUUAUUGGCAGUAGUAAUAGUAAUAGUAGUUGUAGUAAUAAUAGUAGAGGUAGUUUUUGCAUGUCUUUUCAGCAAUAUGGAGACUCUGUAGUUGAUAGAAAAGUGAUAUGACUGUUUCAUCCCAUCUCCCAACUAUCUUCAACUCUACAUCUUGGGUGCCAUCCUCUUUUGCAUUAUGUUUAAAGGAAAGUAAAUAUAAUGAGCAACAAUAAGAAGC